AUGGAUUCUCCAAAAGUAUACAUCAGUGGACUAAAAACUUCUGUGACUCUGAUUCUCAUUAUUUCCCUCACCUUAUUUCCUUCUAAUACAGUAGGGUCUGGUCCAACGAAAGAUGGGAAGGGUAUGAAGCAAAAGAAGUUAGUAUUGGGGUCAAGGCCUCCAAAGUGUGUCAACAAGUGCUUGAGUUGCAAGCCUUGCAUGGCUGCUCUAGUAAUCUCUCCUCACCACAGGGUUAGUCACAAUCACAAGGCAACAACAGCUCAAAGAGACGAGGGCUAUUAUCUUCUCUCUUGGAAAUGCAAAUGCGGUAACAAGUUCUUUCAGCCCUGA